UGUUGUCUCGCGGUCUCCCUUCGCCCUCGCAACUGCUCAUGCUGCGGGCGCCAAAGCCGCCCGCCACGUCAGCCCUAAUCCCCUUCGUCCCUCGUCAGGUCAUGCUCGACUCCAAAUCCUCGACCUCAAUCGACAGCAAACUCAAGAACAAAGAAAUGGAGAAGGAGAACAAGAAGAAGAAGAAGGAAUCGAGGGGCAGGGCGUCAGAAACCCUAGAAAAUGGUUCAGGUGCGCCCGAAACCCUAGAAGUAGACGGCGAUGGGGGCAGGAGAAAGGAUCGGAAGUUGCUUCUCAGUUCGAUUGCGGGCUUCCUCGAGAGCAGUGGGUUCCUCAGGACGCUGUCUGCGUUUCGGUCUGAGGCUGAGAUCGAGAGUGAUGGUUCCGCAGCAGCUUCGAUUAAUCUUGAAGAUCUAUUUUUCAAGUUCUUGGAAACAAGUACCUUGCAUGUUGAAAUAAAAGAUAAGAAAAAGAAAAAGAAAGAACCUCCUGCCUCUGUUGAAGAAAAUGCAAACAAGAGUCAUUUGGAAAUCAGUCCUGAGAUAGCCAAAGAGUGCGACACACAUGAUAAGGCAAAGAAAAGGAAGAAACACAAGAUGAGCUCAGAGGAUCAUAACGAGAACACUGAAGCCAAGGAUCACAAAGAAAAGUUUCAAGAAGAUGUUGAAGAGAAAAUAGCCGAACUGAAGUCUUUGCCCAACAUGAUCAAUCUACCAGCAGAGACAAAUGGAGAACAUAAAAGUGAAAAGAAAAAGAAAAAGAAAACAAAUUCAGUCACAGAUUCUCUUUCUGUUAAUGAGAUCAAACAAACUACAGAAACCUCUAAAGAAUCUGAAUCUGUAAAGGAAAAGGACUCAAUAUCAGAAAACAAUGGAAACAUUGAGAAAAAAGUUCACAAGAAAAGAAAAAGACUGGAUUCUGAAGAAAGAGCAUUACAUGAUGAAAAUAGCAAGAAAAGUGAAACUCCACAAAAGUUGGAUAAGUCUUCACUAGAGAGUGAGGACACAAAUGCUUGUAAAAAAAGGAAGAAAAAGAAAGGCAGUGAAAGCUCUGAUGAAGCUGGCAUAACAUCUAAUCAAGAACAAGAUCCUAGCUGUCAGCAUGAGGAGAAGGAAUUGGGCACACGUCAAUUGCCUAGUGGUGAAUCUAAGAAAAAUGAAGAAGAGAAGGGGACUGCAACAAAAUCAAAGAAAAAGGAAAAACACUCAGCUGAGCCGAAAACAGUCAAUGCGUUUCAAAGAGUGAAGGUUGAUGAGGUUAAAUUUGCUGAUGAGAGACUUCAAGAUAAUUCUUACUGGGCUCUGGAUGACACAGGCAGUGGAUAUGGUGCGAAGGCACAAGAAGUUCUUGGUCAAGUUAGGGGAAGAGAUUUUAGACAUGAGAAGACCAAGAAGAAGAGGGGAACCUACAGGGGCGGGCAGAUUGAUUUACAAUCACAUUCCAUAAAGUUCAAUUACUCAGACGAGGAAUGACGCGAGGCAACAAGCAAUCUUCAUCUGGGAUUACAAUGUACUUUGAUCGACAGAUCGAUUAAAAUUUUGAGCACCCUAGCGUUCAAUUUGUAUGUGUAACGGACACCCGUUAUUUAUUGUCUCAUGCUCUUGCUUUUUGUGAACAUCCAAUUGAAUUUAUGGAACUUAGUUCUCUGUUUCUUUCGCCAUAAUGCAAAUGAUGGCGAGUUUCAAUGGGAAAAGAUUCACGUACCGUCUCUCUGGUAAAA